AUGAAUAACCCGGCAUCUCCAUACCUCCUCGACCGCCUGCAGGCGCGUCGCGCAAACACCAACACUCGGUCACGUCGCUCGGGUUCAAAUGCACGAUUGACGACUCCGGAUGAUGACUUGUUUCUUGACGAGGCUAGAUAUACUGGGCACGACAACCUAACAACAACACCUAACAAUACCCAUACCCCUACGAAUCCAAAUGCAUCCCUAGGUGUGCGCGAGAUAGAAAAGCGCAUGGACAAACUCUCCAAACUCAACUUUGACUUGAAGCUCGAGCUCUUCCAUUGCAGGGAGCGCAUGGCCAAAUUGCAAGAGAACUGCAACCUACUGACAUCACGCGCCGAGGAUGCGAAUCGUCUAGUCGAGGAGAAUGCUAAACUCCUCGAGCUCAACGACAGUCUGGUCAAGGAACUGGAGCGUCGGGACGAAGCUGUUCAAGAGGCUGUUUCCAUCAUCUGUGAUCUGGAAGAAAGACUUGAACAAGCGCAACUUUCACAACAACACCCUCACGACCACUUGGUGAACUCCACGGAGUUGCGUGCUUCUUCUGUGUCCCCUUGUCCAAGAGCCAUUCUCUCACCACCCAAAUCCGACAAGUCUUCGAUGACACAAUCAUCUUCUGCAAGGCGCAUACCUUCCUUUGUAGACGACAAGAAACCAAACACACGUGCUUUGCGAAGCGUCUAUCUGAAACCAAAGCCGUCGUUGCGUGCUGUAAAGAGUUUCGCAUCUUUGACGUCGCAAACAGAGGAUGUCGACAAGUCUCUGUCGGACGUUGACACCCUUGACUCACCUCGCUUGAGUGUCUUGAGCAAGAGUAGCUUCCCGAGCAUCUACGAUCUCCCCAGGAGCGAAGACGCUGGCAAACACCAGGAGACUGAUCUCGCCUUGCCCAACAGCCAGCUACACCACAUCUCACAGAACGCUGGUCGCAAGCAUGAUUCUGACAUUGACAUCAAUUCCUGGAUCCAAGUGCAAACACCUCAAUCAUUCGUAAAAUCUUCAGGAAAACCUCUACCGCGACCGCGCUCAGAUGCUGCUCGUGUCCAGCGACCAGCUUACUCUACCACACUCUCACAGAUCAAUCAAAAAAGGAGACCCUCGCUCAAGGGCGCAGCAUUCGCCGCGACUUCAUUACCUCCAACACCAGACAGUGCAAGCACGAGCAUUCUGCAAGACUCGUACAUGACUGGCCAACCAAACUCGCAACAUAGAUCAAACAAGCAUCUCGCGAAUGCCUCAAAACAUGCAGCACUGCUGCACACUCCUGAGACGCCGAGCAUCGCCGAUAUGAGCAAGCUUCACGCCACAAAAGAAGCAAAUAACCCAAUGAAUGGUGCUGGGUGGUUUAAUCGACAUAGCAUGUCUCUGUCUUCGACCGAUGAGGAAGAUGAAUACUAUGAACAGUCGGACAGCGAUCGGACGGGAAGCGCAGGAACAGACGCGUCAUAUCCUGACGGGGAUAGUAUCCCCAAAGGAACGCCGUCUAGAUUUCAGAUCCGUCGCAACGUCUCACCAGCUAGAAGUAUGCCUCGUGAAGGAGUAGCACAAUUGUCACGAUCAGGUCAAAAGGAAGAGUGGGCACUGCUACCGAAGAGCAACGAAAAGACUCGUUUCCAAAUGGAGCGCUCGGAAACCACACCGAAUCUUGCAGCACUUCAAACACCGCCGGCGUCGCUACAGAGGAACAGCUCCGUUUCUGGAUCUUCCAGCUUGCGUCCACAGCGUAUUGAACGAUCAGAGACUACACCUAAUCUGACGACAGCUAUCCAAGCAGCGACUUCGACACCGUUUUUCCAACCUGGGCUGCCAAUCAAGUCCUCGUCAAGCGGUAGUGGAGGCGUACGAGCUGCCCUUUCACAAAAGACACAAAAGUUAUUCCGCCGCAUGAGCGAACACCACACUUCUUCAUCUGAACCAUCUUCGAGACCAACCCGCGGUGUUACUCUCUCACCCUCCAAACGCUCAGCAGGGUCCAGCAGCCGUAGUGGAAGUGAUGAAUCUCUGGCUAUGCAAGCAGCCAACCAAACACUCACAUCACAUAACUUUGGUGCUCCUCAAAACGGUAACGCAGAGGCCAGAAGCCCUAGCCGUGGGUUGUUUUCGCGAGCGGCGGGUAGUCUGAGACGAUAG